AUGCCUUUUUCGAGUCGUUUCUUUCGGCAGCUGGUUCGCGGUGUCAGCUAUGUGCCGGUCGUGUACGUUGUCCACGAUCUUGUCGGUACGAUUGUUCCCGUGAGGGGUGCGUCUAUGCAACCAACCCUGAACCCAGGUGCGGCUGCAGGGGAGCUACCUCCCGGACAAGUUAGCGGCAGUCAGGAUGUCGUGUUGGUUAGCCGGCUUCUCCGCGCUGUUUGGAACGUAAGGCGUGGGGAUAUCGUCGUUUUGCGGUCUCCCGACGCGGGACCGCAGAAGCGACUCGUGAAAAGGGUGGCCGCUCUAGAGGGGGAUCGCGUUUACAACCACCGCACUGGGAAGUUUGUGGAGGUUCCACCUGGCCACUGCUGGCUCGUAGGUGACAACCGUACGGUGUCCCGUGACUCGGCUAGCCACUACGGGCCGGUUCCGCUGGGACUCCUCGAAGGACGCGCAGUGGCGGUUAUCUGGCCACCACGUCGCUGGCAGGUGCUCGCGACGUCACCAAGCACAGGUUUGUGGCUCGACACUCGGAACAGCGAGGGAGACCAACUGCCAGCCAAGAAGCAAGUGCUGGCCAAGUCGGCAACUACGAAGUGA